AUGCAGCUAAGCUGCAUCGAUGCAACCGCGUCCUCCGCUAAAGACACUGGCCUGGCGGACUUGGACGGCAUCAAACGCAACUGGACUCUUCGAGGUUUAAUCAUUAUCUGGAUCUCUGCUGGGCUAAUGAGCUUUGUCACCAAUUUGAACAAUACAUCUUCGUCCACCUUUGCGCCGUAUGCGACCAGCAGCUUCAGCUCGGCUCCGCUGGUGGGAACGAUUGCUGUGGUGCAGGCGGUGAUCGCAUCAGGUUCGUCAUUUGCCUCACUGAUAAUUACUGCCCUGACCAAGAGAACAGUCUCUCUGCAGCCACUCGCAAGGUUUGCGGACGUCUAUGGGUAUGGACAUAUCUUUUGA